AGCGUUACAUUAGUUGUAAAUGUUGGUGGGUUUCCGCUUGUGACCCCUCCAAAUUCAAACACGGAGGGGCGCACGUCUCCCCUUCUCCUCUAUCAGCGAACCACGCCUCAUGCUGCCUUCUAACGCCGGCCAUAUUGACUAUUUUAGCUAAUCUCUUUGCGGUAGGUUGUAGAGGUUCUGUGAUCAUCACCGUUAUAACAGCGUGCCAUUGGAUAUACCGUGAUCGCGACUUGGAAAUAACAGUUCGCAUUUAUCUGGAGUGUGAUUACAUCUUGGGGGACAUUUUCAUUAUUUUAGAAAGCGCAGAGCAUUCCUGAGGGGCCUACAAUCCUGUGAUAGAGGACAAGAUUUUCUUCUUUUCUUGAUUACGUGGGAAGGGAGGAGAGGAGACAAGAUGCCGAAACCAAUUAAUGUGCGUGUGACUACUAUGGAUGCGGAGCUGGAAUUUGCCAUCCAACCCAACACCACUGGCAAACAGCUCUUUGAUCAGGUGGUGAAGACGGUAGGUCUGCGAGAGGUCUGGUUUUUCGGUCUGCAGUACGUGGACAGUAAAGGCUACACAACGUGGCUGAAGCUGAAUAAAAAGGUGACUCAGCAGGAUGUUAGAAAGGAAAACCCUCUGCAGUUCAAGUUUCGGGCAAAGUUUUUUCCAGAAGAUGUUUCUGAAGAGCUGAUCCAAGAGAUAACACAACGUCUCUUCUUCUUACAGGUGAAGGAAGCCAUUUUGAAUGAUGAGAUUUACUGCCCUCCGGAGACAGCAGUCCUACUGGCAUCUUACUCUGUUCAGGCCAAGUACGCUGACUACAACAGAGACAUCCACAAGCCCGGUUACCUCACCAAUGACAGGCUGCUACCACAGAGAGUUUUGGAGCAACAUAAACUGACUAAAGAACAGUGGGAAGACAGAAUACAGACAUGGCACGAGGAACACAGGGGUAUGCUGAGAGAGGAUUCUAUGAUGGAGUAUCUGAAGAUCGCUCAGGAUCUGGAGAUGUAUGGAGUGAAUUACUUUGAGAUCAAAAAUAAGAAGGGAACGGAGCUCUGGCUGGGAGUGGAUGCUCUUGGUCUCAACAUUUAUGAACAUGAAGACAAGCUCACACCAAAGAUUGGGUUCCCAUGGAGUGAGAUCCGAAACAUUUCUUUCAACGAUAAGAAGUUUGUCAUCAAGCCCAUUGAUAAAAAAGCACCCGACUUUGUGUUCUAUGCACCACGACUGCGAAUCAACAAGCGCAUCCUGGCUCUGUGUAUGGGCAACCAUGAGCUGUACAUGAGGAGGAGGAAGCCUGACACCAUUGAGGUGCAGCAGAUGAAGGCUCAGGCCAGAGAAGAAAAACACCAGAAACAGAUAGAGAGAGCUCAGCUUGAGAACGAGAAGAAGAAACGAGAGCAUGCAGAAAAGGAGAAGGAGAGAAUAGAGCGAGAAAAGGAUGAGUUAAUCGAGAGACUGAGACAGAUUGAGGAACAGACGAUAAAAGCACAGAAAGAGCUGGAGGAGCAAACACGCAAAGCUCUAGAGCUUGAACAAGAGCGAAAAAGAGCAAAGGAGGAGGCAGAGAGGCUGGAGAAAGAGAAACAGGCAGCCGAGGAGGCCAAGGCAGCUCUGGCUAAACAAGCAGCUGACCAGAUGAAGAACCAGGAACAAUUGGCAGCUGAGUUGGGAGAAUUUACUGCCAAAAUCGCCCUGCUGGAGGAUGCCAAGAGGAAAAAGGAAGAGGAGGCAACAGAAUGGCAGCAUAAAGCAUUGUCUGCUCAGGAUGAUUUGGAAAAAACUAAAGAGGAGCUGAAGUCUGUGAUGUCAGCUACAGCAGGUGGUGCGUCAGAGAACGAACAUGACGAGCAUGACGAGAGCAGUGCAGAAGCCAGUGCUGAGCUCUCUAAUGAUGGAGUUGCUCACCAGCGAAGUGAGGAAGAACGGCUCACAGAGACCCAGAAGAACGAACGUGUCAAAAAACAGCUACAGGCCUUGAGCUCAGAACUGGCCCAGGCCCGUGACGAUUCCAAGAAGACCCAAAAUGAUGUUUUGCAUGCAGAGAAUGUGAAGGCUGGCCGGGAUAAAUACAAGACCCUACGCCAGAUCCGCCAGGGCAACACCAAGCAGCGUAUUGAUGAAUUUGAAUCCAUGUGAUGGCUGUACAUCCUCUUUGAUCCACCCCACUUUCCACCCUGUAGCCCUAAUGCCUUCAUGGCUGGCUUACAAGCACAGCUUUUACCUGCCCAUACUUCUCCUAUAGACCAAUGAUCCUUGACCUUUGAUCCCCUUCAGAGAGCUUGAGGGACAUGGCUGCCCCUCCCUCAAGCUUUGCCAAAGCUCUCUCCACCUGUGAACAGCCCAUCAGGCAGUUUCCACGUAUUGAGCUCCUCAUAGCCCUACUCCAGAAUCGUCCAGUUAGGAGCAAGUGGUGCAUCACACUGAACUCUUGAAUGAUGAUUUUGAUUUACUAAAUGCUUGGAAAUAUGUAUUUUAGAAGAGCCUGAGAUGAGUUUAAGCAAAAUUAGUUUUUAUGAAACGGCCAUUUGUUUGUUUGUUUGUUUUUUGGCUACAGCUAUAUGCUCACAAUGUGGAAAACAGCAUUUUUCUUCUUUCAUCCAUUUUGUUUACUCCGUUGUAGUUAAGUGGGUUAGCAAGUCGAGGUUUGGAAGAAAAGUCUUUUUCAGGGUCAUGUGAAAGUUGUGCGCUACUUAAGAGUCACAGUGCCACAUCCACAUACCCUGAAGAGCACAAAUAGCACCUCUCCACACCAAAACCCUGACAUCAAAUCAAAUUCAGAGCCACCGAAGUCAAGUGAAAAAUGUAGAAACAGAGGCACCUAUCUUUUGAAUGAAUGUGAACCAUAACCAAAACUAUAGAUAACCAAAGGGAGGCUAUCACUCUUGCUAGCCACAUGCAAACCGUGCAUACAUCCGUAAUUACUGUGGAUUUAGACUGGACAAGACCUUCGUUACAAGUUUUAAAGUGCAAGACGUUGUUUGAUUCAGGUUCAAAAGAUGUAGCUCUGAGCAGACAGAAUGUGAUAGAGGCCCUGUGACGGAGCGCUUGGGUCUGUUGAUCUUGACAGUAGAAUUCUCCCAAACACCCAGUGUCCAGUCUCCAUAUCGAUGGUUUUCCCUGCCUGCCGGCUCACAAAGGCCAGGGCUGACAGAUGGACAGGCAGACAAACUGCUUGUUUUUAGUUUAAUUCGUUUUGAUUUAAUUGCGAUAUUAUGGGGAAAUGAGGAUGAAUUGAGGAAAUGAAUUUGCUGAAUCGAUGGAAAGUUGUGUGCAUGUGUGCGCUUUGUCUCUCUGUUCAUCUCUGUUUUUUCCCCUUCAUUUUUGUGUGAAUGUAUUAGUACACCUGCAUGCACAUGUGGUUGUUUUGCAAUACCUGUGGCCUUUAUGGCUGGGGAGCAUAUGAAAACAUCAGUCCUGUUCUCAGAACGAAUCGCUACCUCAUUACUGUCAAACAUGGUGACUGGUUAGUCAAACACUUGGUGUACGGCAGAGAGAGGCAAAUGUUGUCAUUUUCUUCUUUUUAAGUUCAUGUCACCCAGAUCAUAAUAUUAUCGUCUGCUUGUUUUUUUGAGCAUCUCUUGAGAGGUUUACUGUAGGUAGAUGUACUCUUACAAUGAUGCUUUGGCUGGUUAGGGUCAUAUGAAAUUGUUUUAUUUAGCAGCACUAAGAUAGAUAAGUGGCUGUAAUUUAUCCUCAAGAAAAACUGCAAUUUAAUACCAAAGCUAUCUUGUCGGUAUUUUAUUCUUAUUCAGCAUGUGGAGUUAUGACAACAGUUAUGACAAAUUGUGUGGUGUCUGGUCCUACUGCAGUGUGUUGACUGUUCCAUAAUGAAGCCUUUUAAGAAUGUCCUGCGUUUUUCCCCAUUCUUGUUCUUGAUGAGCCUUCUCUCAAGAUUUUACCCACCCUGAACCUUUUCAAAAUUGUUAACAGGUCUUGGACCUAUGGACUCCUCAAGGCUUUUUCACCAUGCAUAUGUGUGGAAGUAGUAUUGCAGUAGAAACCCAGUAAUCCUCAGUAUUCAUGGCCUGUAUGUCUUAUUUCAGAGUUUGCAUGGUAAAAUAUCUUCAGCAUAUACAGAUAUGUAGGCCAAUAAAAUAGUUUCCUUUUUUUUUUUUUAUUACUACCUGGACUUUUAUUUUGCACUAAUGUGCAAAGAUGUCACUGUUUAUUUAGUGUUUUUAUGCUAACAAAGACAGCUGGGGAAAUGUUUGAACCUUACUUUCAUACCAGAAUGUUCAGGCAAGUUCAAAAGCACUUGUUUUGUCCUGCUUUUUUUCCAAGGCAGGUGUCCAUGAGCGGAUGUAUUUGCCAUAGCAAGAUAAAUGUUGUGCUUCCAUUUUUUUUUUUUCUUCUAAAGAUUUCUGAAACAAAACCACCAGCAUUUGCAUCUACUAAAAGGGAGAGAAAAACACUCAAGGUCACAAUGUGUAUUUGUUUGCUUUUUCAUUUUAAUAUUUGUUUUUGUUGUAUGUUGUUUUUUUGGGGGGGGGCUGGGUUACAGUUUAUUUUCUCCCCCCUCUCUUUUUGUUCAUAUAGCUUUCUGUUACAUAGAAAUAACAAUGUUGCUUGUGACUAAUGCUUGGUUGAAAAUAAAGAUUGAAUAUUUAUUUUCUGCUUA